UAAUAUUAAAAGGGCAAUAAAUAAGUCGAUAAUCAUUUAGUAUAUUUUUAAAAAAAAGUGCAAAAGUCACAACAAGCAGUGGAAAUUGAGGAUCCUUCGCUAAAUUCCCAAUUCCUCUGAUAAUCGCAGAGCCACGUUUUAAUGCGCUCCAGAUUCUUCAAUUGCAUAAUCCUUACACCGGUAAUUGUUCCUGUUAGCUAGAUCGCUUUUGUUUAUUAUUAUUUUUAUCAAGUUUUCUGUUGUUUGUGGUUGCAAUUUGAUUCAUUUUUUUGUUUUCUCGCCUGCGUGAUUCCGUUUUCAGUUCGUGAGCAGUCUUAAAUCGAAAAAUACUGUGUGAAUUCUGCUUGAUUUCUCAGAAUUUAGGGCCAAAAGAAUUGUACAAUCUACCUGAGAGAGCAUAUGCUAGAUUUUUGGAACAGUGCUACAUAAAUUAAAGUGAUAUAAUGAUAUCACUGUUAGUAGGGUUGUGAUUUAUCUCUUUCCUGAUGAGGAAAAUUUCAGGUGAAAUCUGAAUGUUUAUUUCUUUGGCAAUUUAAAAUAGUUUGACUGCUAAGCAUGAAAUAGUGAGUGUGUUGGUGCGUGUGAUGAUUUUUUUGGAUUUUGAUCUUUUGUUGGGUUUACUUAGUGUUUUAGGUUUAGCUUAUCUUUUUCAUUCAAAGUUGGAUUUUGAAUUCUGAAGUCUAUGAUAUCUGGUUGACUGAAUCUAUGUUUAUCCAGAAAUGCUGAUUCACAUCAGUUACAGUGGGAUAAAAUUGAAACAAGCAACAUGGAUUUAUUUUUUCAUUCAUCUUUCUAUUGGUUCUAGUAUCUCACUGGCAUUAGCCAGAUUCGCGAAUUAUGAUCAUGGUUUAUAUUAAAAUGGAUUAUCGGCAGAAAAGAUAGCAGUGUAAGUAGAUUGAAGCUGAAGCAACACUUUUUUUAAGCCAGAGGUGAAGGAGUUCUAUGGGAGCUAGAUUGAGUUCAAAUGGUCAUAAACUGGCGCACAGCGAGAGUAUUGAGGGGUUGCAGAGUGAGGCAUGUAAGAGACAAAGGAGUUCCUCGUUCUUAUGGGACGACAAUCCCCGACUAAUUCCCAGCCUUCCGGAUGAGAUAUCGAUUCAGAUUCUUGCUAGACUCCCUAGAAUUUCUCAUUUCAAUGCAAAGCUUGUUUCAAGAAGCUGGAAAGAUGCUGUAACAAGUGGGGAAAUUUAUAAAUUGAGAAAAGAACUCGGCACAACGGAGGAGUGGCUCUAUGUUUUGACCAAGACUGAUGGAAAUAAGCUUAUCUGGCAUGCCCUAGAUCCGGUGUCCCAGAUAUGGCAAAGGCUGCCCCUGAUGCCAAACGUCGUUGCUGAUGAAGGAAUGAGAUGGGGUCUUUCUGGCUUCCGGCUGUGGAACAUGGUUGGUUCGAGUGUUAUUGCAGAUUCUAUUAGAGGCUUGCUUGGCAGGAAACGCUCAUUGGACCAAAUUCCGUUUUGUGGAUGUGCCAUAGGAGCUGUUGAUGACUGCCUCUACGUCUUGGGUGGAUUCUCCCGAGCUUUGGUCAUGAACAAUGUCUGGCGUUACAAUCCCAUUAUAAAUGCUUGGAGCGAAGUGACUCCCAUGUCCAUUGGUAGAGCUUACUGCAAGACGGGUGUUUUGAACAACAAGCUUUAUGUUGUUGGAGGUGUGACUCGUGGUCGUGUUGCACUAUCUCCCCUUCAAUCUGCUGAGGUAUUUGAUCCUUGUUCAGGGACAUGGUCCGAGAUACCUAGCAUGCCAUUUUCAAAGGCCCAGGUGCUACCAACAGCCUUCCUCGCUGAUCUGCUCAAGCCCAUUGCGACUGGAAUGACACCAUACAGAGGGAAAAUAUAUGUUCCUCAAAGCUUAUACUGCUGGCCGUUCUUUGUUGAUGUCGGAGGUGAGGUAUACGACCCAGAGACAAAUUCAUGGACUGAGAUGCCCAUGGGCAUGGGAGAGGGCUGGCCUGCGAGGCAGGCAGGAACCAAAUUGAGCGUCAUUGUUGACGAGGAAUUAUACGCGUUGGAUCCAUCGAGCUCUCGGGAUAGUGCUAGGAUCAAAGUUUAUGAUCAACAAGAUGAUGCCUGGAAAGUAAUUGAAGGCGAUAUACCGAUUCACGACCUCACUGAUUCCGAAUCUCCGUAUCUGCUUGCUGGUUUUCUGGGAAAGCUGCAUGUGAUCACCAAAGAUACAAGCAAUAACAUCUUAGUUAUGCAAGCUGAUAGGCGAAAUAUAUUUCCUUCUGCACCUGCGCCUCCAUUGUCAUCAGCUUCUUUAGGUGAGUCCUUACGAGCAUUUUCUGAGACGGUGUCGGCCUCAUCGGAGAAUCUCUGGCGAGUGAUCGCCUCGAGGAAUGCCGGAACUACAGAGCUGGUUAGCUGCCAGAUCCUUGAUGUCUAGCUAAGCUCUACUAGUGUUUGAUGGUGAAUCUGUUUUCAUAAUCUGCUAUAAAGAGUUACUUACGUAACUAUACUAUUUUGUACUACUUGAAUACAAAUCUCCUUAGCAUAGUGAAAGCCUAUAUCCUUUUGAGUUGUGUCCAACGUUAUUAAAAUAUCUUUUGUAUUGAUUGAUGUUGAUAAGUUCAAUCUUGAACUUAGAUGUAAUAUUCCAAGAACAUCAAGAUUCCAUUUUUAUUGAGAUAACUGUUAUACAUUGCAUCCUUA